UCUCUCUCUCCUCUCGGAACUUUUUCUGCAGAUAUAUAUAUAAUAGUUCAUUUUCAAAGUUUUAAUUAUUUCUAUCGAUAUAUAUAUAUAUUCAUAGACAUUAGUAAAUCGCCAUGGCUUCGGAGAAUUACACCGACAAGAACACGAUUUUUCGGAAGCUCAAAGCCAAGCCCGAGAAUAAGAUGUGUUUUGAUUGCAACGCGAAGAACCCGACGUGGGCGUCCGUGACGUAUGGGAUCUUUCUCUGUAUUGAUUGUUCGGCGGUUCACCGGAGCCUCGGUGUUCACAUUAGCUUCGUUAGGUCGACCAAUCUAGAUUCUUGGUCUCCAGAGCAGUUGAAAAUGAUGUGCUUUGGUGGAAAUAACCGUGCUCAAGUUUUCUUUAAACAGCAUGGAUGGACUGAUGGGGGCAAGAUUGAGGCAAAGUAUACUUCUAGAGCUGCUGACUUGUAUAGACAAUUGCUUGCUAAAGAAGUUGCUAAAAGCGCUGCAGACGCUGGUUUGCCAUCAUCACCGGUUGCUUCUCAGUCGGUACAUGCUACUAAUGGUUUUCCUGAUAUUAAGACUGCUGAAGCUCCAAAUCAGAGUUCUUUUCUAAAAAAUGAAACUCCAGAGGUUUCUUCUUCACCCAAAGCUUCCCAGUCUGUUACUGCUACAACUGUUAAGAAGCCUCUAGUUGCUAAGAAAACUGGAAAGACUGGGGGUCUAGGAGCUCGAAAACUUACUACAAAGCCAAACGAAAGUCUUUAUGACCAGAAACCUGAAGAAGUACCUGUUCAAGUUCCAUCAUCUGACUCCACAAGUAGCACGCCCAAAUCAUUUGCAUCUCGCUUUGAGUAUACUGAUAAUGUGCAACCAGCAGAAAUUAGUUCUGGUGGUGCCCGUGUUCUUAGCCAUGUAUCACCUCCAAAAUCUUCUAAUUUCUUUGCUGACUAUGGCAUGGAUAGUGGUUUCUCAAAGAAGACCAGCUCAACUUUGCCCAAAGUUCAAGUUGAAGAAACUGAUGAAGCAAGGAAGAAGUUUUCCAAUGCUAAAUCUAUCUCUUCUGCUCAGUUUUAUGGUGAUCAGAACAAAGUCAAUGACAUGGAAUCUUCAGUUUCUCUGCAGAAGUUCUCGGGUUCAAAUGCAAUCUCCAGUGCUGAUCUCUUUGGUCACCGUGGCAAUAAUUCAUCUGUUGAUGUCACAGCUAGUGAUCUGAUUGACCGGCUGUCUUUUCAGGCACAGCAAGAUUUCUCUUCCCUCAAGAUUAUUGCAGGAGAAACUGGGAAGAAGCUCAGCUCCCUUGCCUCCUCCUUGGUGUCGGAUCUUCAGGACAGAAUCCUCUGAGAGAGCUGCAUUUUGGAUGUACAAUCUAGAGGAUCUUGUUACAGAAUUGCAAAAGAAAUAUGUAGAUGUAAAAAGUUAAAUCUUUAAAAUUUUUACGGAAGACAAAUAAGAUUUUAAAAUUCCUAGGAUUAUGAGAUGACACCAUUAUUUUGUAGCUGCGGAAUGUAACCAUCAUGGUGGUGUAUGUGGCCUUCUCUGGCUAUUUCAUAGAUUUUAUCCUUUGGACUGGCCUUGUGUAUUUUGUUCUGAAUGAUGAUGCAACACAAGUUUUUCCUUUGGGCUGGCCUUUAAUUUCUUUUUUUUUUCCCUCAAUGAUGUAACCCAAAUGGGAUUUAAACCAUUUACCAAUUUAAGUUCUAUCGGCCCUUUUACGUAA